GUCUUUGCGUAUCAUUUGUUCACAACUUAAACCUUUUGGGUCAACAGUACCAACAACUUUGAAAGCAUUAUCCUCCUCUUCUUCUUCUUCUGCUCUGCGUGUACUUCGGUUUGAUCAAGAAACCAAACUAAAGAUAUAUGGAGGUUCCAAUUUGGCAGUGGUGUUUGAUCAUCUUAGCGAUCAUAUUCUUGGCAUUUGCUUCACAUUUUUUGGGAAGAAUCUUGUGUAGCCCUCGAGAGAAAAUUGUAGAUAGUAAAGUCGGAAAAAAACAUGGACCGGCCGCAGCAGAAAAGACUUCGAAAGGUGGCUCCGAGCAACUUGUGUGAUGAUCUCAAAGAGUAUGCAUCAAGUUUGGAUGGUAAAUUCAAUGGAGAGACCACAAGAUAAGACUUAUACAAUUAAUUAUACAAGCAGGACUGGAUUUGUGCUAAGCAACGUUGGAGAACAAAGAAGGGUAGCUUCUCUAUUCACAAGUUUGUCACGAAGUACACCAAACGUUGGAGGAAUGUCACAUCCAUUGAUUUUCUCAAUUACAACCACGGUAGUCAUUUAUCAAGACCAUCAAGGAUGUAUACAAGAAUUACUUCAUGAUCAAGUGGUUUGCCAAACUAAGCCAAUUGAUAUGACCAGUCUUUGUCCUCAUGGAUUGCAUAUACUCAUCGAUGGAGCUCUGGUCUUUGGUGUUCUUCUUCAUUUGAUCUAUUAUCUGCUUCAUGUGACCACAAGAGGUAGAAGCAAAGCCGUGGUGCAGUGGUAAGGGAUAAUUGGAGAAAAGUUGGAAGGAACUAACCCAAGUUCGAUCCACCCUGGAAACAAAAAUUAUUGUUGUGUGGAAAGUCUGCCAAUUGGGCCAAGACCUAGUUGGUUUACCUAAUAUAGUCAGAAAUGCAGCCGGCGUGACUACCCCUGACAUUAGUCGGAAAGCAUUCCAAACUCGGGAUAGACAGUGUAGUGGUCCUUCGAAGAAUAGUCCACUCUUAAACAUUUCGGUGUAUUUCUACCGGGGCUGACCGGAUCAGCCGAUAGAAUUUAUCAAAAAAAGAAAAAAAAAUGCUUAAGGAUAUCUUAUGUAUAUGAGUAGUAUAUUCUAACUACUUGAUAAAAAGUCAUACACCAAACGAAAUAUUAAUAUUAUUAUAUUAA